CAACGAAUUUCAAUGUCGCAUCGGAAUGACAAAGUGUAGCAAUUUAUUUAUAAAUAAACAACAUUUGCAGUAAAACAAACUAGUGACACGCGGAACAUUUAAUCAUUAAGACAGUUCAGCAGGCAAGAGAAACCUAAAAAUGAGUGUUAGAGUUAACAUACUAAAGCUCAUAGCUAUUCUGGGAUUACUCUCAUUCCCUGCAUCAUCAUUGGCAAAAUCGGAAAUAAACUACCGCCAAGGCAGUUUCAAUAGACAACUGCUUUACGAUGUGUUUACAGAGAGUGACAAUCAAAACACGCUUGUCUCGCCUUUUGCUCUUCGAACGGCUCUCACAAUGGCUCUAAUGGGUACCAAUGGUGAAACGGCUGAUGAAAUAGAACAAGCUUUGCGACAAUAUGACAAUGGCGAAGCAGAUAUACCCGAUAAAUACAAAACGAUGCUGAGCAAAUACAAAUCAAAUACAAAUUUCAAAAUGGCCAACGUAAUUUGUCUCAAUCACAAAUUUCGCCUAAAGGAGAGCUUUUUACAACUGCUAUCGGAUAAGUUUUAUUCAACCCCUCUUUUGGUGGAUUUCGCACAGCCAAAUCAGGCAGUAAAUGCUAUGAAUAGAGCUAUUGAAAAGGAUACAGAUUUCACAAUCCGAAAUAUGGUAGAACGUAGCAAUUUGGGUUAUAAUCCCGAAGCUUUACUGUUAAGCGCUGCAGCAUAUAAUGGAGAUUUUGCAUUACCCAUACCCGCUGAGGGUAUGCAGGAAAAACCAUUCCGUGUCAGUCCAACCAGCAGUGUUGAUAUUCCAAUGAUGAAAUACAAGGGAAAAUUCGAUUAUGCCCUGCUCACUAAAGAUCUAUUGUCCACAGCCAUAAGGAUACCUUACAAGGAUUCGGAUUUAUCGUUGAUUGUUAUAAAGCCAGCAGACAAUGUGGCCCUGAAAAGAUUUAUGAGAAUUUUCCACGAAAUUGAUUUUGAUUUAAGAUCACUGAAGAGAAAGUUCUCGGAGACCGAGGGAUAUGUGAUUAUGCCGAAAUUUAAAACGGAAUUCCAAGUGGAUUUGAAAUAUUUCCUUAAUAAGAUGGGAAUGACAAAAUUCUUUACCACCGCUCGUUUCGAUGAAAUGAUUCAACAAAAUCAAGCCAUACACUUUGCUAACGUCAUUCACAAGACUUCAAUUGAAGUCAAAGAAUCGGUUGCGACUGCUGUACCCUACAACUUUGCCAAGAGCCUGCAUCCUCAGUUCGAAAUAUUCGAAGCUGAUCGCCCAUUUUACUAUGCUGUAGUUAAUUCCAACUUUGAGCCCCUAUUCGAGGGAACUUUUGCCGGAAUGUCGACGUAAAUACUGCGACGUGUAUAAAUGUAUGAAUAGAAAUAAAUCGUGGUAAAUAAAACAAGGUUGAGAUGCACCAA